AUGCCGAAUAAAGGAAAAAAGAAGGCCCAGAAGGCCAAAAAGAGCGCACGCGAUAUCCAAACACCUGUAUCCGACCGAGAGAACAGCGUUGAUUCUGGAAAGGCCAUAUCAAGCGAGAGAGAGGAUCUCCAAAAUCUGGAGUUGAAUGAUGCUUCUGAUGGAGAUAGACCAAUUGAGGAGGAGCCAAAUCCUCUGAGUGCUUGGGUGAAAGAUGUUAUUUACAGCGAAACAUCGAAACAGUCAGAGAGAAUGGUUGAAGAGUUUUUCACUGCCAAAGAGCCUGCCUACGACGAAUGCAAAGCGUUCUUUGACAGACUCAAUCAGCUUAUCCGAGGUACCAAUGAGCAAAACGGUGUCACGGACGUCGAGACGGGUGCUAUUAACCCGACUUACUAUAACAAACUAUGCCAGACUUGGCAGCAAUCAGCAAAUAAAGCUGUCGAAGAUCAAUCACCGGAGGAAUUUUGGUCUGCUUUCAAUCAAACUCGCGAUCUGAUAAAGAUUUUCAACAAAAGGCAUCAUCUCCCAAAAGCCUGGAAUAUUAGCCAGGAAUGGGCAGAACAAAUGAUUGGGACCCAGAAUCCGAGAACAGGGGAUACCGAGUCUACCGCUACUAGCGAUGAUGGUCAAUCUACCCUGACCGAUCAGCAGGCGAUGAACGAAAGACUUGGAGUCAGUUCCGAUAUUGAGUCUGAUGAUGACAACCAGACGGGACUUGAUGCCCUUGAAUCGAGAACCAUGAAGCAGCAACGCCGACUUACAUCAGCCAAAGUUCUAUAUUGGUGGCCUAAAGGCACUGGUUCUCAGAUCUUUGUGCGAUAUGGAGACCGGAACACACCUAUUUAUCGGAUUCGAGCUGGGUCUCACGAGAGCUACAGUCCUCAUAUGGUCGAACGUGUCCUGACACAAACACGUGGCAACGCUAAAAUAUCCGGCACAAAAAAUGGCCUGCCAGAGGAAUUCUGGAAAUACAAACGCAAAGAUGUAGAGAACAUCCUUGGCGUUGGUUGGAAGAUCGAAGACGAUGAUGAAGAGGGCUUCAAUCCUCUUGAUCUACUACGGCCUGCAAAGGGUGCUUCCUAUCCACACACGCGCGCACUUGUGAAAUGGAAAGAUGGUGUGACAACAUUGGAAGGACGUUCAUUCAUUCGUCGUAUUUCCACUGGCUCGUCACUAGACGGCGAUCGAAUGAUAUAUCAGAAAGCCGAAGAACUCGAGACAGCUUACCGUGAGCGACAUGGGCUAGAGGAUAUCGUCGAUGACGACUACGAUGAGGAAGACAGCGAUAUAGAAGUCAGUCAUGGUAGGAGAUAUCGAAGCGAGCCUGCGCGCUACUCAAAGUCGGCCAAGGGCAAGUCUAGAGGUCAUUACCGCCAUGAUUCUAGUGAAUACAGUGACUCUGAAAGCGAUGCAGUCGCGCAGUCACACAACAGCCGGUACAGGAGACACCGCAGUGAGCCCAGUCGCCGUCCAAGGGGGCCCACAGGCAGGGCAAAUUCGGCAACUCAGAAAGAUGACGCAUUGAUUAAAAAACUAGAAAGAGAGAUCCAGCGAUUAAAGGUGGGAAGGUCGGAGUCCCCCAGAGAUCACCGAAGAUCGCAUGGUCGUGAACGCACAAUUUAA